UCCAUUAGAGGUGAGAGGCAUCGCAUCGCCAGCCCAGCGGCGCUGAGCAGGGCUCGCAGGGACGUGCACAAGAGAGCGCGCCGCCGCCCCUCCGCUCCCGCGCCCCGGCCCGCCCCGGCCCCUUCCAGCGCCCUGCGCUCCGCCCGCUACUCGCGCGCCUCUAACAUCCACUUAUGUUUCUACAAUUAUCACCCUCUAGAUGGCCCAGCAAUCGUGCGGGUUAACCUCUUUGUGCGAAGCAUAGCGACCAUUAGUGACAUCAAGAUGGAAUACAGCGUGCAGCUCACCUUCCGAGAGCAGUGGCUGGACGAGCGGCUCAAGUUCAACGAUUUCGGAGGCAAAAUCAAGUAUUUGACGCUCACUGACGCCAAUCGAGUCUGGAUGCCCGAUCUCUUCUUCUCUAAUGAAAAGGAAGGCCAUUUUCACAACAUAAUUAUGCCGAAUGUUUACAUUCGCAUUUUUCCGUAUGGUUCAGUACUAUACAGUAUCAGAAUCUCUUUGACGCUGUCGUGCCCUAUGAACCUGAAGCUCUACCCUUUGGAUCGGCAAGUCUGCUCCUUGAGAAUGGCCAGUUAUGGCUGGACGACAGACGACCUGGUCUUCCUAUGGAAAGACGGCGAUCCAGUGCAGGUGGUGAAGAACUUACACCUACCACGCUUUACCCUCGAGAAGUUCCUUACGGACUACUGCAACAGCAAAACGAACACUGGCGAGUACAGCUGUCUGAAGGUGGACCUGCUGUUCAAGCGGGAGUUCAGUUACUACCUGAUCCAGAUCUACAUCCCCUGCUGCAUGUUGGUGAUCGUGUCGUGGGUGUCCUUCUGGCUCGAUCAGAAUGCCAUUCCCGCACGAGUGUCCCUGGGCGUGACCACCCUGCUCACCAUGGCCACGCAGACGUCGGGCAUCAACGCGUCCCUCCCGCCGGUGUCGUACACCAAGGCCAUCGACGUGUGGACGGGCGUGUGUCUGACGUUCGUGUUCGGGGCGCUGCUCGAGUUCGCGCUCGUCAACUACGCGUCGCGCUCCGACAUGCACCGCGAGAACAUGAAGAAGCAGCGCCGCCAAUACAUGCACGGUAUUGAUGUUGAAAUCUUUCGAAACUGGUUUUUAAUUAAUCGUAGGCUCAAUAAUUACUUCUUACAUACAUUCGAGGCAACUAAGAUCAACGGAAGAGAAAUAAUGCGUUUGAAAAAUAAAUCUGAAGAAGACAAUCAGAAGCCGCUGGUGCGCCACCCGGGCGACGCGCUGGCCCUCGACGCCAAAGCGCGCCAAUGCGAGAUCCACAUGCAGCCGAAGCGGGACAACUGCUGCCGCACGUGGCUCUCCAAGUUCCCCACGCGCUCCAAGCGCAUCGACGUCAUCUCGCGCAUCACCUUCCCGCUGGUGUUCGCGCUCUUCAACCUCGUCUACUGGUCCACCUACCUGUUCCGCGACGACGAGCGGGAGUAGCCGCUGUGCACGAGCUCGGCGUUCAGUGCUUCCGUGUCCGUAAUAGUUUGUCCUAAUAAUGACGGACGCAUUGAAGCCGUGGCGACUGAAACAAGGAACAAUCCGCCAAGGAUUCGCAGUUUCAGUCGCCGCCGCCGCCGCCGCCGCCGCCGCGCCGUCGCUGCCCGAACAGCGAGCGACGCCACCGCACGGGAAGGCCAGCGCCACCUCGCCGCCGUCGCUCCGCCUCCGCCGCCACCGCGCCGCGGCCGGCCCCGGGCUGCUCAACACCACGUCCAGAGACAAGCAAUAAGGAGACCGAGACGAAGGGCUACGCAUGCUGGAAAGCAGGGUUUAUUCUUACUGUACAUAUGGACUUAUGCUCAAUUCCUCAAUCAAACGGACGCUCCGCGAUUUUACAUUUCAUAUAAUAGACACAAUUUGCGUUUUUCGAUAGAAAUAGUGCGUACACAUAUGAAGAGUUAUUUGUGAGUUAAAAAAUAUAUUGUUAUUUAUUUGUUGUUUUAUUCUCAUGAUAUUCUAGACCUCUGUAUAUAAGAUAGGAGAUUUAGAUAAGAGAGUAAAAUGAUUCGUAUAUAUACACGCGCCUCAUAUAAAGGACAAAUUAUUUUUGAAACAUUUGAAGGUGAGAUUUGAAUACACUGGUGUCUGCUAGGAGGCACUCGGAGCGAGGGACCUCUCGGCCAGGGCAAGCGCGCGUUCGGCCGACGCCCCCCGCCCCAGCGCCAGCGCUCCAUCGGCGGGGCUUCUCGGCGGGGCUCCCGGUUCGCGCCCUCGAGCGACCACGGCGCCACGGAUCGGCUUUGCUACGAGGCAGAAAACUAUCCGAUGCGUUGUGUUCUCAAGUUACGCCUGUGGGGAAUCUGUCUAUAUUUAUUCAAUGCUUUGUGCGGUAUAUUCAAUAUAGUAAGCUUAGAGUACCUAUUUCAAUUAUUAACCGUUGCUUUGAUGUCCCUGCCAUGUUUUCAAGACAGAAGAAAACGCGAGCGAAACGCUUGCUGACGGUGGUCAUCGCUCUCAUAAACUGUUCUUCGUUUGCGAACAAUAUAGACGUCUCGUGAAAAUUGUUUCACUGACUGAACGAAUUUUCUCAUUACUCACAAGUAUUCAAGGAAGUGUUCACUACGUCGAUGAAUGAAGAGUAAAAAAGCAACCCACGCUGUUUUUCCUUCAGAAGCACUUUUGUUUCCCAAAAAAUAAUUCGUUGACACAAAUAAAAUGUACACAUUUAAUUCUCAUUCUCCCCACUCGCAAAAGCCGCUCGUCCCAGGACGCUUUCUGAACUUGUGCAAAUCCAAAUUCCAAUUAACGGAACGUGGCAUCUUUCAUGUAGUGUUGAACGUCUUCCUGUAACAAACUAGAAGCAGCCUGGCUCUGCACAGAGGAGUUGGCCGAUGGCGAGAGCGAGAAGGUGCCGGGGCUGGAGCCCGGCCACGCGGCUGCAGCACGGGCGCGCGCCUGCGCAAUGGCCUCCAGGGAGCGGGGAGGGCGCCCCUCCCCCUCCCGCUUCCCACCCCCAACCACCCCCUUUCCCCGCUCCUCCUUCCAGCCCCGCCCCGUGCCGCGCCCCCUGGCAAUGCGAAAGGCAGUCGCACAUUUGUCAAAUUGUUUACCAUCAUUGCUGUGUACGUUGUAAUAAAUGCACUAUGUUUUGAUA